AUGACCCCUUACAUAUACUGCAGCGAUGACUCUUCACUUGACGAGUUUAAUGGUGAAGAUCCUGUUGUUGGUGACUCUGGGACUGUCGAAGAGUCUGGCCUCAAAGAAUUGCAUGCAGACCCCAAUGACUGCGACAGUGGUGAUGUGAGCAAGGAAAAGGUGGUCAGUGAGGGCCUUAGCGACAACAGUGUUGAGAUACCCAGCGUUAUCAAAGACGGCAUUCGUCACGGUGGUUUCUCUUACGAUCCAAUCGACCUCGGCGGACCAAGUUUUCGCCUCCUGCGCCUUCUGAAAGGCCGCGAUCCAUCAAUCCCAUGCGAAUUGUUUACAGCACGCUUGCAAGACCGGGAGAGGGUGAUAUCUUAUGAGUCAAUCUCCUACGUCCGGGGCAGUCAGGACCGAGAAUACAGCGUGGUGCUCCACAACAAGAAAUUCGGCGUAACCAGAAGCCUUCACGACGCUCUAUGUUUCUUGCAGCUUAAAGAUAACGAUCGCAUCGUCUGGGUAGAUGCAAUCUGUAUUGACCAGGAAAACGACGUUGAGUGUGGCCAUCAAGUCCGGCACAUGGGCGAUGUAUACAGCGAGGCGGAAUCCGUUAUUUAUUGGCUUGGGCCUCCAGGAUUUGACACAAACUGCUGCCUACGGGCGCUCAGGCGGCUUGAGGAGGAGGCCAGGAGGACUGUCUCGAAGACGUGGACAGGGGAACAGUGGAUGGCUGCUUGGACACAUUUGGAGGCAAGUGACCAACGACACCCAGGGCUCGAGCGCAAAGGCUUGGAAGAGCUUCUUUGUCGACCGUGGUUUAGGAGAGUAUGGAUUUUACAGGAGGUCGCCAAAUCCAAAGCCGCUAGUGUAUACUGCGGAAAUGAAUUCGUCUCGGCAAGGAUCUUCAGGCUUGCUCCGUCUCUGCUUGGGGUGGCUCCUGAGCCCCAUUGCCAGGGAAUAUUGGACAUGAUGCCUGGGCCCUUUCGAGCAAGUUCUUGGUUUGGUGGAUGCCUGGAUCUCUACACACUGUUGGAGAAUAUUGGAGGAAGCGAAGCGACAAGGGACAAAGACUUGGUAUAUGCCCUACUGGCUCUGGCUUCAGAUGCGAUCAACAUCAUUCAGCCAGACUACGAAAAGACGGACGAGGAUGUUGUGGAAACGGUCUUUUCUUUUUUAUUUCACGUGAAACCCCGGCUAGGAAUUCGCCCAAACUCGCUCCGAGAUCUUUGCACUCGUCUCACAUUCUGGAACGAAAGGGCUCUCGAGUUAGCAGCAAUGGAUGAGUUGGACGGCGAUGCAGCAAUGGCCCACAACUUAGAUCGCCGACCUAGACUGCCUAUCAGCGAAUGGGUAGUUCGGGCUGUGGCCAAAAAUAAAGGGAAAGGAAGUCAGAUACUCGAAGCAAUACUGGCCAACUUGGAAAGGUUGUCGCGCGAGCUCCCUCCAGGUUAUGUUACUGCGGUGGUCAAAGAGGCAAUCUCAAAACGAUGUCAGUGGAGACGAAGUGCUCAGAACGUUGUUCUCGAAGACCACUUACCGACCAUCGGUCACGGAGAAGUUCUUCAGUCUAGCGGCGGGAAACCGACCAAAAGGUGUUGCAAUCAUCAAGAUCCUGCUUCACCACUGCCCCAUCGACAGUCCUCCCAACAAACGAAUUAA